GGAAAGAAGAGACAGCAAGAAACUCCUCCGCAAACCCUAACGAUGGUGGUCGAAGACGCACCCAAGACUUCAGCUUCAGAAGAUCAGGCCAAGACCGAGGCGAACGCUAAGCCGAGGGAGGAUGACGACGAGCCCGAAGAAGGAGAGAUCGUCGGCGACCAAGACUCGGCGUCGUCGAAGCCUUCGAAGGGAAUUGCGCCGCAGUCUCACGCCCUGGAGCACUCCUGGACCUUCUGGUUCGAUAGCCCUGCCGCAAAGCCCGCCAAGUCCAAGCAGGAGGAUUGGGGCAGCUCCAUCCGCCCGAUCUACACCUUCACUACCGUCGAGGAGUUCUGGAGCAUUUACAACAAUGUACGUCAUCCGAGCAAGCUCAUUGUGGGGACGGAUUUCCAUUGUUUCAAAUACAAAAUUGAGCCAAAGUGGGAGGAUCCUGUGUGUGCUAAUGGAGGAACCUGGACUGUUGCUUAUCCUAGGGGGAAAUCUGAUACCUCUUGGUUGUAUACGUUGCUAGCAAUGAUAGGAGAACAGUUUGAUCAUGGAGAUGAAAUCUGUGGAGCAGUUGUCAAUGUCAGAAAAAGCCAAGAAAAAAUAGCUCUUUGGACCAAGAAUGCAACAAAUGAAGCUGCUCAGGUGAGCAUUGGGAAACAAUGGAAGGGGUUUCUGGACUACAAUGAAACUACUGGGUUCAUAUUUCAUGAGGAUGCGAUGAGACUUGGGAGAGCUGCCAAGAAUAAAUACAUAGCCUGAUGUGUAUAGUACUGUUCUUGGUAGUGCUUAAUGCUUUCCAACUGCAAAAACAGCAAUCUAUGCUAGCUUCCAGAGUAACUUCUGACUAAUGUUUGCUCUCUGCCGGCCUCAUAUGUUUACGAUUACAGAUUUUAAGCUCGACUUCAAAUUUUCAGUUUAAGAUGUGAAUGUAGUACGAUGGAUGAGUACGAUAUGACUCAGUUCGUUUAGUUGUUUA